AUGAGGAUUUAUGUGAUUUUCCUGGUGCUUUUCUUGUUCUCCUCCGCGUUUUCCGACGAGACUUCCGAUUCGUACCUGUUGCCGAGGCCGUUGGUUCUCGAGUACUCGUCGGAAAUCGUGACCCGGCCCAAGAAAGCCGAUGAGGAAGAGGUCAAUUUGCAUUGCACGAGCUGGAGAUUCGCGGCGGAGACCAACAAUCUCGCGCCGUGGAAAACAAUUCCGGUGGAAUGCGCCGAUUACGUCAAGGACUACGUGUUGGGUAAAGGUUACGUCACCGAUCUGGAGAGAGUCUCUGAGGAGGCUUCCGUCUUCGCAAGCAGCGUCGAAUUCUCCGGCGAUGGUAAAGAUAUUUGGAUUUUCGAUAUCGAUGAAACUCUCUUGUCCAAUCUUCCCUAUUACAUUGACCAUGGCUUUGGGCUUGAGCUUUUUGAUCACUCUGAAUUCGAUAAGUGGGUAGAGAAAGGUGUGGCACCAGCGAUAGCACCAAGCUUGAAGCUUUACCAAAGAGUUAUAGAUUUGGGGUAUAAAGUUUUCUUGCUUACAGGGAGGAAAGAGAGCCACAGGCUUAUCACUGUUGAAAACCUUAUCAAUGCUGGUUUCCAGAAUUGGGACAAGCUUAUUCUCAGAUCUGCGCACGAACAGCACAAAAUGGCGACGCUAUACAAAUCUGAGAAGAGGGAUGAGAUGGUGAAAGAGGGAUAUAGAAUUAGAGGCAAUUCAGGUGAUCAGUGGAGUGAUUUGUUGGGUUCCUCCAUGUCUCAACGAUCCUUCAAACUUGCAAAUCCAAUGUAUUAUAUCCCCUGA